AUGGGAUCCCUCGAAGAAACAUGCGCUUCCUUGCGUGCUCAGAUCAGCGCAACUGAGGCACAACUUGAUGGUUUGAAACGCGAUCUUGCGAUCGCCGAAAAAGCGCAAUCGGAGAACGCAGCGACUACCGAAACCCAGCACGACACGAAUGCCGACUCAAGGCGGUGGCCAUUGCUCCCAGAGGAAUAUAAACGAUAUGGACGGCAGAUGAUUGUUUCUCAAGUUGGUCUCAAAGGUCAGCUCAAACUCCGGUCGGCCAAGGUUCUACUCGUUGGGGCUGGAGGACUGGGAUGUCCAGCGGCGCAGUAUCUUGCUGGAGCUGGUGUUGGCACGAUUGGUCUCAUUGAUGGUGAUACGGUCGAGGUGUCGAAUCUCCAUCGCCAAGUGCUGCACCGCACGCAGAAUGUGGGCAAGUACAAGGUGGAUAGUGCUAUUGAGUCCUUAAUGGAUCUCAAUCCGCAUCCCACGUACAUCGCGCACCGAACACAUCUCACGCCCGAGGACGCGUCGGCGAUCUUCCAGGACUACGAUCUUAUUCUGGACUGCACCGAUAACCCGGCGACGCGCUAUCUGAUUUCGGAUACUGCCGUGCUUCUUGGAAAACCAUUGGUUUCUGCGUCCGCCUUGCGCACUGAAGGCCAGCUGAUGGUCUUGAAUAACCCACCCCGGGCACCAGGCGACAAGACUGGAGGGCCAUGCUAUCGAUGUGUUUUCCCCAAGCCACCACCUGCUGAUAGCGUGGUGAGCUGUGCAGACGGGGGUAUUCUGGGCCCCGUCGUUGGCACCAUGGGUGUCUUGCAGGCUCUCGAGGCAAUCAAGGUGCUUACUGCACCUGAUCUUGACACCACAGAUGGUAACACGGGCCGCCCGCGUGAUCCUCCGUCCCUGCAUAUCUUCUCCGCGUACUCAUCGCCCCUGGUUCGCACAAUCCGUCUUCGGUCGCGCCGAGCCAAUUGUGCAGUGUGCUCUGCUGAGGCCACCGUCUCACUGGAUACAAUCAAAUCAGGAUCGACAGACUAUGUGUUCUUCUGCGGAUCCACAAGUUUACCCUCGCUACUGGGUCCUGAGGAACGUAUCUCUGCUGAAGAAUACAGCCAAAGAUACCCAUCUGGUUUGGAUUCGCAGCGACACACAAUAAUUGAUGUCCGAGACGAGGCCCAAUUCGGGAUUUGCAGUCUGGAGAAUAGCAUCAACAUCCCUAUCUCUAGCAUCCUUUCCUCGGGUUACUCCUCUGGCAUCCAGGGGUCCGAUAAUGAGCAGCAAACCCCACAAUUCCCUUCGUGGUUGCCAUCUGAGGUUGCCUCGUCUGAGACUACGGACCCAAUCUACGUUGUUUGCCGUUUAGGAAACGACUCGCAGAUUGUUGUCAAGAAGAUGAAAGAGCUAGGUCUGGAUCGGCAUGGAAAGCGAUUUAUAGGAGAUAUUCGCGGAGGACUACGAUCAUGGAAAGAACAGGUGGAUUCCGAUUGGCCUGAAUAUUGA